AUGGGCGUACCCCAAGGAACUUGUGAACGCGUUCUUCGCGGAGCGCGGCCCGAACGAGAGUACGACAGCGCGCGGCGCUGGGGCUGGCGGUUCGUCGGGUGCGGGAGCUGGGAGGGCCGCGGCAAGCUCGCGCAGAACGAGGCCGCGGGCGUCGGCAGGGGCGGGGGCUGGAAAAGCGCGGUAAGGACGAGUGGGCUGGACAGCGUCCGGGGCGCGCGGAGGCGGAAGGGAGCAGCUCUGCCAGACGACCUCGACCGGGUGCGCGCCGACUUGACGAACAGCAUGCUCGACCUCGCGCAGGAGAAGGGCUGCGAGUUUGUCCGGCGGAAGGUGACCUCGAUCAUCAUCGACGAGUCCGAAGACCGAGUCUCCGGCGUGAUCUACACCGUGACCGCGCCCACGGCGGACGGACAGUGA